AUGCGUCUAUUAUUGGUCACACUAUUAGUGAGCAUUUUUCUAUUCUCACCUACAUACAGUUGUAUCGUCAAAGCGAAUCCAAGUUUGAAUAUACGUAGUACAGCAUCAGCUACUGCAUCGAUUGUCGGUAGUUUAUUGCAAGGUACAACAGUUUCAUGUUUGGAAAAGCUAAAUGGUUUUUGCCGUGUGGGCACUAGUCGAUGGGGAUCAGCUGAGUAUAUAAAUUGUGCUACGACAAGUUCUAAUGGAUUCGAUGGAAAAGCACCCGCUGCUGAUUAUACACGUAAGACUUGGCGUGGUAUUACUCUCAACCAACGCACGAUUGAGAUGAUUCAACGCGCUGAAGUUUACAUGGCACAAAUGGGAAAAACGGGUUUCCAGUUUUCCUUUAGUCAAGGUUCAUAUUCUUCCAGUGUGGCUGCUAGUGCUGGUACACAUGAUGGCGGUGGGGCCGUUGAUAUUCGAACGUCCGUUGUCAAUAAUGACAAGAAAACGGUCGAUACAAUGGUAGUUGCAUUACGAAAAGCUGGUUUUGCUGCUUGGUCAAGAGGUCGUGUAGCAGAUAGUUUUCAAAAUAAUAAGCAUAUCCACGCCAUUGCUAUUGGAGAUGCUCAAGCAUCAUCAGGGGCAAAGAAUCAAGUAGCAAGCUUUAAAAGGGGCCGAAAUGGACUCAAAGGCGACGGAGUUGAUCCUGAUGCCUACUUGGGUCGUGCAAUACCAACAUGGGCUAAAUAG